CGUUUAUCGCUGUCCCCACUCACUUGCAAGGUUGCAACAACUCGCGGCAGCUUCACUAGCGCGAACGCAUUGAACGCUUACUAAAUAAAGGCGCGGCUCUGCAGAUCAGCCCUGCCAGCUGCCAAAAAAUCCAGACCACUUCGCCGACAAACAACACCUCACCAUCGUCAUUGCCAUCAACACUGCAACCCACACCGCAGCACAAGAUGGAAUACGAGAAUGAACAACGCAGCUACGACGACGAGCCUCGCGGCUAUGAGCGCGACCGCAGCAGGUCGCCGCGCCGUGAGCGUGGUGACGACAACGCGCGUGCCCGCAGUGCCUCCCCCAACGGCCGUGAUGACCGCGACAGCCGUGGCCCGCCGCCGCAGUCUCGCGACCGCGAGGCGGAAGAGAGCCGCAACGAGGGCUCCAACCUGUUCGUCACCGGGAUCCACCCCUCCCUAACCGAGGAUGAGGUCACCCGCCUGUUCGAGAAAUACGGUGAAGUCGAGCAGUGCAACAUCAUGCGCGAUCCGCACACUAAAGAGUCUCGUGGCUUCGGUUUCGUCAAGAUGGUCACCUCUGAUCAGGCAGACGCUGCCAAGGAGGGCCUACAGGGCGAAGUCCACCAGGGCAGAACUCUGAGCAUCGAGAAGGCCCGCCGUGCCCGUCCCCGUACUCCCACCCCGGGCAAGUACUACGGUCCCCCCAAGCGCGAACCACAGCGGUACUAGAGUAGGCCUCGCGGGCUACCUCUGAUCAAGGGAGGCAACUCUUUCAGCACUUCACGCAUGUAACCCCACGGGUACGCCAAUGGGUUCGCUUCAUAAUACGGCUUUACAUCACAGGGAAUGGUCGGCAAAAAGUUCUCCGAUAUAAUCCGCAGCAGCGCACGGUAGCACACUUCGAUAG